AUGGGUCAGGCAGGUCAGCAGCGAAGUCGGCAGAAGAAGAUCUGCAACAAGAAGACUGUGAAGAAGGUGAAGUCAACCGUUGAGAAGAAGGCCCCAAAGUUGCGCAAGAACAUCCAGCCUGGUCAAAUCCUGAUCCUGCUGGCCAGCAAGUUCCGAGGAAAGCGCGUUGUUUUCUUGAAGCAGUUGGAGAGUGGCCUGCUCUUGGUCACAGGUCCCUUUGCCCUCAAUGGUGUGCCAUUGAAGCGAGUGAACCAGCGAUAUUGCAUCGCCACUAGCACCAAGGUGGAUCUUGGUGGUGCUGACUUCAAGUCCAUCACAGAUUCGUACUUUUCCCAGGAGAAGACUGGCAAGAAGGGCCUGAAGGGUCAGGAGAAGUUCUUUGCCGCUGAGGCACCCAAGAAGGUGUUGCCACAGGAGAAGAAGGACGGCCAGAAGAAGACCGAUGAUGCAAUCAUCAAGGGUCUCGGCAAUGAAACUCGGCUGAAUAUGGCAGCUCCAUUGACUUUCAAUGUAGGAGCUUUGACCAAUCCCAAUGUGCACAAACUCGAGCCAGUUGGCGCCAUGGGAAUUGGCCGCGAUAGUCGACACAAGCACUACAAGACUGGCGGGCGCAGCAAGACCUCAAUCAAGAAGCGAAAGUAUGAGAUGGGUCGUCCUGCGACCCCUUGCAAGUUGGGAGCCAAGCGCGUGCGCAGCGUGCGCUGCCGUGGUGGCAACAUGAAGUAUCGAGCCCUGCGCUUGGACAGCGGCAACUAUGCUUGGGGCUCCGAGAAUGUGACCAAGAAGGUCAGGAUUUUGGAUGUGGUCUACAACGCCACCAGUAACGAGUUGGUCCGAACGAAGACCUUGUUGAAGAACACCGUGGUGCAGAUCGAUGCCCAUCCCUUCAUGCAGUGGUACUUGAAGAAGUAUGGAGUGGAUGUGGGCAAGAAGAAGAAGGGAGCCAAAGAGGGUGAAAAGGCUGAGGACGAGCAAAAGCCCGGCCGUCACGUCGUUGCCAAGCAGAAGGCCCGCGCGGCCAAGCAGAAGUUGGACGUGGGCUUGGAAGAUCAAUUCCAAAGUGGUCGCUUGCUCGCCUGCAUUGCCUCCCGCCCGGGGCAGUGUGGCCGCGCCGACGGCUACGUGCUCGAGGGGGAGGAGUUGGCCUUCUACAAGAAGAAGCUGGAGAAGAAGAAGAAGAACUGA